GGGUCGCCGCGUGGCUGCGCGACCUGCGCCUCGCCCUCAAACCCGUUGCAGAGCGGCCUCGGCGCCCCCCGCGCGCGCCGGCGCGCGCGACAGACAAUGACUGGGAGAAGAUCGUCACAGAGCUCCGCCGCGGCGGGGCCCGCGCGAUCCCCGAGGAGAUCUUCUGCCCGAGCGGCCACCUCUGCCUCGACGGCGCUUUUGACGUCGCGCGCCCAAAGAACGCGGCGAUGGGCUUGCGCCCCAUCGCAAACCUCACCCCGACGAGCUCGUACAUCGAGCCUCACGUCGGGGAGGUGUCUGACGUGCCGAUGGCUGACCAAUGGUCUUCGGUGGUUUUGGUUUUGCUCGACACCCAGGUCCUCUGGGUCAGCUCCAACGACCGCAAGGGUUCAUUCCAGCUGUUCCGUGUGCCGCCGGCUUGGCAUAGCUGCAGGGUCGCGAGCGCCGCGGCUGCAGCUCGCUUCCGCUCAGCCCAGUUGCGGCUCCACGUGCGCCUCGACAACUGGGGCCCGUUCGCGGUCGGGUUCCCCACCGAAUCCAGGCAGCGCCGCAGUGCCCCAUCCGCCGAGCAGAUCGCCUUCCGCCAGGCGCGGGCGCGCCAUGGCGUCGCCAGGGCCGAGGGCAAGGGGGUCGUCAGCGAGCCAGAAGCCACCUUGCUCGGGUCCCUGUGGGAUGGCGAGCUGGGCGCGCAGGGCCCUGAGACGAAGCGUUUACGCUUCGUCCUGCACCUCAUCCUCCACGCGAUUUCGCGGCCCAGGGUCAGCCGCCGGCCGCUGGCAGCCGCGCUUGGCACUCUUUGCCACGUCGCCACGUGGCAGCGCCCAGUCCUGUCUGUCCCCAGCGCUUGCUUUCGCCCGCUCGGGAGCGCGAGCCCCCGUCCACUGUGCGACGAGGUUGUCGACGAGUUGCUCGCGACAGCGCGCCUGUCGCCGAGCUGCUCGGUCAAUCUCCGGGCGGCCAUCGACCCCGGGCCCGUCGUCUUCGACGCGUCGGAGUUCGGCGGCGGCGCGCGCGAGGCAGCGAGCCCGACGCUUGCUGUCGCUGGGCUCGUCUUGCGGCGUGCCGGCGAGAUUGGCCGGGAUGCCCCAGGCCGCCACCAGGACCGCCACUUGGUCAUAUCGUUGUGGGGCACGGCAGCUGGGGCGCGAGCUGCGCGCGACCUCGCGGGCCUCGACGUCGCAGCCCGCGCGCCCUGCCCCCCGCAGGCGACACCCCGCAUAAUUGCCGAAUCGGUUGCGGAGGUCGACGAAGAGUGGAAUUUCACGCGCGAGCUGUGGGCAGGCUUCGCCGACCGCAUUUGCGAGACUUGCGCUGGGUUACAAUGCCUCCUCCACGUCCAGAUCCAGCUGGAUGACCCCCGCCGCGCGCGCGAGUCGCUCCAGGCGUGA